AUGCCUGUCCCGGACGAAUAUCACAUGCAUGAGACUGGCAAGCAGCCCACCAACGUGCUGCUUCUCCCCAGCUUCACACUCGUGGAGAACGUCACCCCACAACUUGCCCCGGAUCUGAUCGAGCACUUUGUCAACAAGUCUUUGACCACGACGACCCCACUUGAUGCCUCGUCGACAGCCUCAUUACCACAAAGCCCGCAGGGGGAGGGGGAGAAGCAACAGCCGCAGCCGCAGCCACUACACCCAGCCAGCACAUCCAUCAGCUCCACACCACUCCGUUCUCAUCCCUGCCCUCACGCUGCCGUCAUUCUCCUCUGUUCGCAGCGCACCCGUGAUGCCCGCUGUGGCCAAUCUGCCCCUCUUCUGCGCCGUGAAUUCGAGCGCCAUCUCCGCCCGCUCGGGCUGUACCGCGACAUGGACGAUUCGCGGCCCGGCGGCGUGGGCAUCUAUUUCAUCAGCCAUGUCGGUGGACACAAAUACUCGGCCAAUGUGAUCGUCUACCGGCGCCGCGACUUCGAGUGGUACAAGCGCGACGGCGCGGACGCAGACCAGGAGGGCGCGGCGCAGGGCAUCUGGCUGGCGCGUGUGCGGCCAGAGGAUUGCGAGAAUAUCAUUCGGUAUACGGUCUUGCAGGGCAAGGUGCUAAAGCCGGGCUCUCAGUUGCGCGGUGGGUUUGAUCGGGAACGGGGGGUGACUAGCUGGUAA